CAGUACCCGCAUGGCAUGAAACUCGCGCUGAUCAUGGUCUCGCUUUUCCUGAGCGCCUUCCUCGCCGCUCUCGAUAGGACUAUCUUGGCCACAGCCAUACCCAAGAUCACAGACGAUUUCAACUCCAUCGGCGACAUUGGCUGGUAUGCCUCUGCAUUCCUUCUGACCGGAUGCUCAUUUAUGCUCUUUUUCGGCAAGCUGUACACUCUGUACGACAUCAAAUGGAUCUUCUUGACUUGCAUUGUUAUCUUCGAGGCUGGCUCCGCGAUCUGUGGCGCUGCACCGACCUCUAACACUUUGAUCGCUGGCCGUGCGGUCGCGGGCCUGGGCUCUGCGGGCAUGUUCUCUGGCAUCGUCAUUAUGGGGACUCACAUUGUUCCGCUGAGAAAGCGGCCACUGUUCCAAGCUGUCUUUGGUGCAGUGUUCGGAAUCUCUUCCGUUAUUGGUCCUCUCCUUGGAGGUGCCUUCGCCGACCGCGUUUCGUGGCGAUGGUGCUUUUACAUCAAUCUCCCUAUCGGCGGAGUUACAAUAGUCAUCCUCAUGCUAUUCCUCAAAAUAAACUUCCCCGUCCGCGCUAAGGAGAUGUCGUAUCGCCAACAGCUCAACGAGCUCGACCCCCUCGGCACGAUCAUCUUCCUCCCAGCAUGCGUCUCUCUCCUGCUCGCCUUGAAAUGGGGCGGCACCGAGAAGCCCUGGAACAACAGAGACGUAAUCGCCUGUCUCGUCCUCUCAGUCGUCCUCUUCAUCGCCUUCAUCAUCGUCCAGUGCAUCAAAGGCGAGAUCGCCACGGUGCCCCCUCGAAUCAUAAAACAACGAAGCAUUGCAGCAGGCCUCUGCUACUCCACCUGCAGCGGCGGCGCCCUCCUGAUCAUGGUAUUCUACGUCCCCAUCUGGUUCCAGAGCGUCCGGGGCGUUUCAGCCGUGCACUCCGGCAUCGACGUCAUCGCCAUGGUUCUAUCUCUCUCCGUCGGCGCACCGACCGGUGGCAUAUUCACCUUCAAGACCGGCUACUACGUCCCCUGCAUGUUCGCCUCCACCAUCAUAGCCUCCAUCGGCGCAGGCUUGAUCACGACCUGGGAUGUCGACACUAGCCGAGCGAAAUGGAUCGCCUACCAAUUCCUCUUUGGUUACGGGUUUGGCAUCGGCAUGCAGCAGCCCAACAUGGCUGCGCAGACCGUGUUGCACAAGAAGGACGUCCCUAUUGGAUCUUCGCUGAUAUUCUUCGGACAGUCGCUGGGCGGCACCAUCUUCGUGUCGGUCGGUCAGACAAUUUUUACUAAUACGCUAAAGGACAAUCUGAUGGCGAUUGGCGGGCUGAGUGUCGCCGCUAUUCUUAAGGGAGGUGCGACGAAUCUGAAGCAGAUCGUGCCGCCUGAGAAGCUCGCGCAGGUAUUGGUGGGCUAUAAUGAUGCGCUGAUCAAGACAUUCUAUGCUGCGCUGGCACUUGUGUGCGCUGGGAUUGUCGGGGCGGCUACGAUGGAGUGGAAGAGCAUUAAGAAGGGCGAGGGACAGUUUGCAAAGAAGGGAGCCGAGUCUGGACCGAAAGAGACCGGACCUCAGGUGACUACUACUGAGACUGAGAAAGUUUGAAAGCGCGGGCAAUCGUGAUCCGCUAGGGGAGGAAGAAGUAAAAGGGACCUGACUCUAGACUUCCAGCGACCGGACCUGAAGCCACUUCUGCAGAGGAUGGGACAGCGUGAGCGGAUGUACAUACUCUGGGUUUUUGGUACCAUGGAUUGAUACCUUUGAGUAUAUUUCUGGGUGUAAUAUAUGGGUGGUGUUCUGGAGACUAUGGGGAAUACCAGGUACGUUGGCCUACAGAUGGGUCGGCGGAACGUGUACUAUACUGUAUGUUUACUGGACGGGUACAUGGUGUACAUAUUGCCCUCCACUCGAAAAAGUCGAAUAUAACUGCAAAGGCAGAUGAAUCACCUCUU